AUCAAUCCCUCCACCACACACAUCUACCCACAGCCGCCGCCUCCACAGCCAAUCCAUCCAACCUCUUCUUCCUCCUCCCGCUGCUCCCCCCUUCAUUCCUCCAAACCCUAGCGCAAACCCUAAUGUCCACCACCGCACACCCUCCUGCCUCCCUCUCAGGGGACUCCUCGCCGACUACCUCCGGCUCAUCCUCCCCCUCCUCCUCUGCUUUCGUCGCUGGCUCCGAUGAGCCCGCGCUUCUCGGGCCAGCCACCUCGACUUCCACCCCCUCUGCUGCCGGGGAUGACGCCGCCGUCCCCUCCUCGCCCCAAAUGGGCAUGUACUUCGAGACGGAGGACGACGCCUACGAAUUCUACAAGGUAUACGCCGCCCGCCUUGGCUUCGUCGUCCGCAAGUCCAACAAGUCCAAGAACUCCCGGCACACCGUCACCCGCCGUCUCUUCGUCUGCUCCAAGCAAGGUUUCCGCCAAGAACCCAAGAAGCCUCAAGAUGAGACCAACGCCACCGACGUCACCGUUGCUGCACCGCCACCGCCUCCUAGGUGCCCGGACUCACGCACCGGCUGCCUGGCGUCCCUCACCAUCAAGCUACUCCCUUCGGCCAAUGCCUUCCGUGUCACUGAAUUUGUCGCCGAGCACAACCACCCGCUCGCCUCUGCAGUGUCCGCGGUGUCACUGGCAAUGAUUCCGUCAAGUUCUUCGCAUCACACCAUUGCCGCUGCUGCAAGCUUGCCGGACCCAAGGGACGGGCCACUCCCAGAGAUGCACUUUGAGACGGAAGAUGACGCCUAUGCCUUCUACAACCGGUACGCCGAGCAUGUGGGUUUCAGCGUCCGCCGCUCAUACAAGAAGCGCAAGCAUGGGGUGAUUGUGUCUCGUAUCUUUGUUUGUUCACGUGAGGGCGUCAGUGACCGUGCCAAGCACGAUGGUCUAGCCAGUAUCAGCACCAAUGCUGGUGGAGGGGCACCAGGUACACCUAGGCCAGGCCCACCACCAACACGAACAGGUUGCCAGGCAAGAAUGGUGAUCAAGAUCACCCCAUGCCGAACAUACCGGGUUGCUAAAUUUAUUGCGGAGCAUAAUCACCCACUCGCUAACUCAGAGACCGUGCACAAGCUGCGGUCCCAUAAGAUGAGGGCUCGAGGGCACGAGCUUGGUGCAGGGGAACUGCAUCGAAGGAAGCAGGGAAAGGGUGUGCAGCUUGGGGAUGCUGGUGCUGCAUUGGAAUACUUGGAAGGGUUGCAGGUGGGAAACCCUUCACUGUAUUAUGCAGUAGGAAUGGCACCUGAUGGGAAUUCAGCUGUAAAUUUCUUCUGGGCUGAUGCAAAGUCAAUCAUUGACUUCAGAAGCUUUGGUGAUGUCGUUUGCUUUGAUACAACAUAUGGGCUGAAUGUGUAUGGGCGACCAUUUGCAUUGUUUGUUGGUGUGGACAACCACAAGCAGUUACUCGUGUUUGGUGCAGCCUUGCUUUAUGAUGAUGGCAUCCAGUCACUGAAAUGGGUAUUUCAGGCAUUUGCUGAUGCCAUGCGUGAUAGGCAGCCAAAGACUAUUCUGAUUGAUGAGCGUUCUGAAUGUGCCAUUGCAGCAGCAGAGGUCUGGCCUGGGAGUAACCAUUGCACAAGCGUGUGGCAUAUAUACCACAGUUCAAAGAGGCACUUGAAGCAGGUGUUCGAAAGCUCGAAAAGUUUUGGCAAUGCUUUGAGCCAGUGUCUCUUUGACUGUGAGGAUGAGAUGGAGUUCUUGUCUGCAUGGGAAAAGCUAAUUGAGAAACAUGACAUUGGUGAGAGUGAAUGGCUCAGCAGACUAUUUCUAGAGAAAGAAAAAUGGGCUCUGCCUUAUAGGAGAACUGUGUUUUCUGCUGAUAUUCUCAGUACUCUUAGAAAGGAUAGUAUGAUUAAUGAGCUAAAACGGGAGCUCAGUGAGCAAGAAGAUAUCCUGCUGUUCUUCAAGCGUUAUGAGACCAUGCUGGAAGAGCAUCGCUCAAAGAAAUUGCAGGCUGAUGUUGAUGGAAAUCAGGUGACUUUGCCAAUCCCGUCCUUGCGGAUGUUAAAACAAUCUUCAAAUGCAUAUACACCUGAAGCUUUCAAGAUGUUCCAGGGUGAGUUUGAGGCUUACAUGAACUGCAUGUCCUUCCCCUGCAGUGCGGUUGGGACAGUGUCAGAGUACAAAAUAACACUUGAUGAGAAGCCAUCAGAGGGCAUUGUGAAAUUUGAUGCCCUAGAUGGCUUGGCCACUUGCAGCUGCAGGAAGUUUGAAUCUGUUGGAAUCCAGUGUUGUCAUGUACUAAAGGUACUUGAUCUCAAGAAUAUCAAGGAGCUCCCAGAACAAUACAUUUUGAAGAGAUGGAGGAAAGAUGCCCGCUCUGUUAGAAUGGGAGAAGAACCUAACUGUGGAUCUAGCAGUAUCAUGCGGUCAUCUUUGGAUGUUCGCUUCUCUAACAUGUGCCGUAUGGUUAGCCUAAUAGCUUCAAGGGCCGCCAAAUCUGAGGAGGCAAUGUCAUACAUUGAGAGUCAAUCAAGCGUUCUUCUGAAGCAUCUGGAUGAAAUUCUGCAGACAGGCUAUCCUGAGAAUGGAAACCAUGAUGUUGCUUCAAGUAGUCAAGCAAUUUCUUUUGUAGGAAAUCAUCCUGACCAUACAACACAAGCAAGAGCAGUUGCACAUACAGCGAAUGGACUGACAUCCUUGUUGGGAAUUUCUGCUUAUCCUGAAUCUAGUGGACAAUUGAAAGUACUUAUAUGUUGCCAUGUUGAUGUAAGCAAGUAUAUCCUGAAGACCUUGCUGUUUCCAAUUUGGACUUGUGUCUUUUGAAGAGAGUUGGAGAAGAGCUGUUAAAUUGCUCGUGCGAUAUUUAUUCUCCCAUGUGCAAUUUAAAAAUGCACACAGACUAGACAGCUGCACUUGCACGCCAGAAUCAUUGAUGUCCUCUGCUGUCCAGUUCUGCGGGGGGCAGUUGGCAUGUCUGGUUCACAGUCUGCAUCCAGCCAUCAACAGAAAACUCGCCGCUGCCGCCGCCUAUGCGCAUCGUCCUUCACCCACACUGGUCGCCUGGGAUACCGCCAUCACCAUCUGCGCAAGGACUGGGAGGUCGUGCUGGUCCGCCGCGGCGUCGAGCAUGCUAGAUCCUUCCUCUGCUGGAUCAUGGAUGUUGGGGUCGCCGACGGCGAGGGGGGCGUCCAAGAGAGCGAGGGCAGCAACAGCCAUGCCGCGGUCGCUAUCGCCGGAGAGGAACUACCCGCAUGUUGGAGGAUGCGGGAAUCACGUUAACUCGUAGCGCUGCCCUCGGCAUCCCCACCAAUGCGUUGUGCCGCAUCCUCUCGCCUUCUCGUGGAUGAUUUUUCCCCUCGUCGCCGCCCUGCCUCCAGCACUGCAGCGGCAUGUACGGGUCCUCCACCUCUAACCUCCCCCGGCGCAAGCUGAAGCGACAGCAGUGGCAGGGAGGAGCAGACCAAGCCGCCCAAGAAGCGUUGGAUCAAGUCAUGAAAGAUUGCUGGGACUGGGAGGAGCGAUGCCAGUGGCGGAGACAAGCCUAGGGCAGUUGGGGCUAUAGCCCUAGGCGUAAUACCAAUAUCCUUUGUAAUUCCUUUUUAUACACAACAUAUAAAACCACUAGAGUGUAUCACUCAAGCUAGCUUAGCCCUAGGCGUAAUCUCAUGCUAGCUUCGCCACUGAGCGAUGCUGCCAGCGCAUGGAGUGUGAAGCGGCUCCUGGUGUCAGGUUCAAUUUCUCUGUUUUUUCUUUUGUCGGUCUCCUCCUAUUUCUGUUUUUUCCUGUGGAAGUAGGGAUGGCAAGGACCCAAGGACAAAUGUGGGUGCCCCACUGGCAGGCGCUGGAUGCGAUUCUUGACAAACUGCAUAAGUGCAUGCUUUCACAUCCUGUACAAGUUUAUUGAACUUACAAGGUUGCACAGCCGGUUCUUGCCGACGUGCCCUUCUCGUUGGUGCCGGCGGAACCCACAGCGUCAUCAGUGUCAGGAGGAACCGGGGGAGGAAGAGAACAUCAGCAGCCCCUGCAACACGGGCUCAUGCAGGCUACUGCGGCGAUGCCAGUGCCAAGGCGAGCGCGAGCCAUGGCAGCAGCAUCUCCCGGUACCUGACCAAGAUCUGCCCGGCUGGCAUGUUGAUGGCUUCCUCUUGGACGGUGCCACAAUCUCAGCUAGAGUCAUAGUCUCCAUACCGGGGGUGAUGGGCAGCCUUUCUUGAGGAUUAUUGUGACCGAAGUGACUGAUUGUUGGCAGAACUUCGAAGAAAUGUGUCAGGUGGAGUAAGAACGAAUAUUUCUUGUGGCUUAUGAUGGCAGGGUGAUGGGCAGCCUUUCUUGAGGAUUAUUGUGACCGAAAUGUGUCAGAUUAUGAGAUGCAAAUUUUGCCCGAUUGAUGGUGUGUUUAAUGAUUGGAAAAAUGCCGCAUGGUUACAUGGUGGUUAUUAGUUAUGGCCAGUACAUGCAUGAUAUUGGUGCAAUUCUUUUUUGAUCUUCCAUUCCCCUUUUCACUACCUCAUUGCUCCAAUCAGCUGUAGGGUCUGAUUUUCUAUUGUGAUUCUCAAGUCUUAUAUUGUCCAUGUCCAUGUCAUACAAUCAGUUCCGGAACUAUGUGAGUCCUCAAGGCCAAACUGCUUGAAUUCUAUAUGAGGAAGCUCAAAAGUAAUAAGGCAUCCCGCAAGUUAGCAAAAUUGCAGAUUUGGGGUAAUAUGCCGCUUCUGACACGGUGAAGUUUGCAUCUACAAACACCAUGGAGAGGAAAGGCAGCAGAAAAAACAUAGAUGUGAGAUGACAAUGAAGUGGAAGAGCCAUUUGUGGUAUGGGGAUGCAACACCAAGUUUUGGAAAUGGUGCAUGCAAGAGGAAGGUGGAACCAUGUACUCCCUCCGUCCCAAAAUAAGUGUCAACUUUGUAUUAGCUUUAGUACAAAGUUGUACUAAACUCGAGACACUUUAUUUUGGGACGGAGGGAGUAUAUUUAUAGCCGCCGUGGGUUGCUCAUGAGUCAAGAUUUGGAAACCUUCGGUUUUGAAUGGCCGAGGUUUACAAAUCCGCUGAGACAUGGGAUUGGAGACAUUUUUCUCUCUGGUGUAUAUGUACCUGCAACUUCCUUGUUCAUCCUAUGCUGCAUAAGCUGUAGUUUAUGUAAAAUAGUAUUUUGGCCUUCUGCACCUAUUUGUACUAUAUCUUAUCCGGCCUGUUUGAAGAUAUUGUUCUGUGGACUGGUGGAUUGGCA